CCUAUCCCUGCCCGUCGCCCGCUACCCGUUUCCUCUACGUUCUCCAUGGCCGCUGCUUCUCCUCUGACAUUCGCGGCGUCCUCCCUUCCUCUCUCAAAUCACGCCUCCGUCUCCGGCAAGGCCCAAUUCUUCUCCUCAUCGUUCCGACGCCCGAUCCAUCCGAUCACCAUGAACGCUCGCACUGCUUCCCUCUCCCGCCGAUUAGCUGAAUCCCUGGGCACAACUGAGGUCGGAGAGGAUUCUGGUGCCCCUUCUCCUCUCGAUGUGGAAGCAAAUGCCGAUAAGUUCAUCUGUAUUGAUGGAUCAUCGAACAACGUGAAAGGGCCAAUAACACAAUUUCCUUCUUCUCAAAUUGAAGCUUCCACGGUGUUGCAAGAGAAGUUAGUGAUAAGAAACACUAAUGGAGAGAAUCUUGUGGGAGUUAUACAAGAAGCUGGUUCUUCAGAGCUUGUAAUUUUAUGCCAUGGUUUUAGAUCCUCGAAAGAAAGCAAAACACUUCUUAACCUUGCUGAUGCUCUAGUAUCUGAAAACAUCAGUGUAUUUAGGUUUGAUUUUUCUGGGAAUGGAGAGAGUGACGGUACAUUUCAGUAUGGUAACUAUUGGAAAGAGGUAGAAGACUUGCGGGCUGUAACUCAGUUCUUCUCUGGGCAGAAUCGUGAAGUGCAUGCUAUUGUUGGGCAUAGCAAGGGGGGAAAUGUGGUCCUCCUAUAUGCUUCCAAAUUUCAUGAUAUUCAUAGAGUUGUUAAUAUUUCUGGUCGUUUUGACUUGAAAAAAGGUAUUGAGGCUCGGCUUGGAAAGGAUUUUAUGGAAAGAAUAAAAAAGGAUGAGUUCAUUGAUGCUAUGGACAAGACGGGAAGAUUUAUUUAUUGUGUGACCAGGGAAAGCUUGAUUGAUCGUCUGAGCACAGACAUGCACGAUGCAUGUCUUUCAAUUGAUAAAAAUUGUAGGGUCUUGACAGUUCAUGGUUCAGAGGAUGAUGUUGUACCACAUGAAGAUGCUUUUGAAUUUGAUAAGUUAAUUAUUAACCAUAAGUUACAGAUCAUAGAAGGUGCCGACCACCGAUUCAUUUCACAUCAGAAUUAUUUAGCUAGAGUGUUAUUGGACUUCAUCAGAUAAAGUCAGGAGAAUGGUGCAGUGGGACAAGAAACGUCCAUUGAUUUGAAUAGAUUUUCAAGCUUCCAUUUUCUAUAAAUUGUGAAGGAACUGAAGAUAUUUUGUCACUCAAGAAACACUAAUUGUUUACUCUAAUUAGUAAUGGAAUCUCAUUGAACCUGUUGCCCAGAAAGUUAUGACAACAGGUGUCAUCUAUUGUACAAUGAUCUGGUGACUAGUAUGCUUUCUCGAAUAGGAUUGGUGCUAGAUUUAUUGUGUGA